CCCGACCCCCAAUCGGUAGGGGAACUACUCUGCGUUUAAUACGACGCACCUGAAAGUUUUAUCCUUUUCUCUUUCACGGGAGGGAAAACAAAACAAAAAGUAAAAAAAUUACGCGUACGGAGAGUAGGGUACCAUUUUGAGUCACUGUGCCAGGAAGAGAGGGCACUGUUGCGUCCCUUUUUGGCCAGCGUCAGGAGGGACAUAUGUAUGCCACCACGCGCAUGUAUCACCCGCUGCGUUGUGGAACCUGCUGGAUGAACAUACCUUCCUUCCUCUCUUCUGCUUCCUUUUCGGAUUACCCGCUUGGGGGCAGCCAGAAAGAAGGGGAGCGAAGAAAAAGGCAUCCAUAGCGAAGCGAAAAGGGCAGCAAAAGGGCAGAAAAAGGCAUCAACGAGGCACCAAUAGCUUAGCGAAAAGGGACCAAUUUGCCGAAAAGAGGGACGGCAGAGAAGCCACCACCCCGGAAGAGCCCCGUCGCGAUGCCGUUCCAGUUUGGUUGACUUGCAGUUGCAUCGCCAGGGCGUCCUUCCCACUUUUUACAACCCCCGGGAAGGGGCAGUUGUGUAAAAUAAGCGUUUAAGCGUUUAAUCGUUUAAGAGUUUUUCUUUUUUUUUUUUCUUCCUACUCGGUCGAAACAUGGCUGUGAAACUGGAGCCGUCCUACUUCUCGGGAGAGUAUAUGCAUGCAGAUGCCCCUUUGGAGGAGGACCAUGAGGAAGAGGAGCGAAUAACGGAGGAGGACAGCUGGGUGGUGAUCGGGUCCUUCUUUGGGAGCCACGGGCUGGUGAACCAGCAGAUCGAAAGCUACAACGAUUUCAUUGAGUACCGGAUGCAGGAGAUAAUCGACGAGCACCCCCAGAUAGAAAUCAGGCCACAACCCCAGUACCGCUCCGACCGGGAUGAUAACAAAAAUGUGAUGUACGCUUUGAAAUUCGGCCAGCUCUCCCUAGAUAGGCCAUUCUACGACGAAAGGAACUUAACCAAUAAGAACCUGUGGCCGCAAGAAGCAAGGCUGAGGAAUCUAACCUAUUCCUCUGCCAUAUACAUAGACAUCGAGCAGAGCACCUACGUGGUGGAUGAAAGUACUAGAAGUCAAAUUUUGAAAGAAAAGUUUAUAUAUGAGCGGAUUAACUUGGGAAGAAUACCACUGAUGUUGAAAUCGAUGUUCUGUUGGACGAAAGGAUUGCCAGAGAGCGAAAUCGCAGACAUGGGGGAGUGUGCAUUUGAUCAGGGAGGGUACUUCAUUGUGAAUGGUGGGGAAAAAGUGUUGGUGGCACAGGAGAGAAUGGCUCACAAUUUUAUAUACGUCUUUAAGAAGAAGCAGCCUUCGAAGUUUGGCUGGGUAGCUGAGAUAAGGUCUCAAAUGGAGAGGUCUCAAGCCACAUCUGCCUUUUCUGUGAAGAUGAAAACGAAAACGGGUUCUAGGGGUUCUGGAGGAUCAGCCAGGACAGGGGGACAACUAGUGGCUACCUUGCCUUAUAUAAGAACAGAAAUUUCUGUGGGAAUUCUCUUCAGAGCGUUGGGUUGCACCUCCGAUCGGGAUAUCCUCCAAAGGAUCGUAUACGAUUUUAAUGACAAAAUGAUGAUUAACACAUUGAGGGAGACGCUAGAGGAGUGCAUAGACUACCCUACGCAGGACAUCUGUCUGGACUUCAUCGGGAAAAGAGGACCCACUGUUGGGGCGUCGAGAGAGAAACGAAUUUUAUACGCCAAGGAGCUUCUACGAAAGGAGGUCCUACCCCAUAUGGGAACCGGCCCAGGAGUGGAAAGCAAAAAAUCGUACUUCAUUGGGUACAUGAUUAAUCGGUUGCUUCUAGCCGAGUUGGGAAGAAUUAAAGAAGAUGAUCGGGAUCACUUUGGGAAGAAGCGUCUGGACAUUGCGGGGCCUCUAAUGGCUAGCAGCUUCUCCACCUAUUUUAGGAAAAUGGCCAAAGAUGUCAAACGGGUUCUACAGAGACAGAUCGAUAAUAACAAGCCAUUCGAUGUUGCGGGGGCGGUUAGAAGUUGCUCUCAAAUUACGCAGGGGAUGCAGUACCAGCUAGCCACAGGCAACUGGGGUAAGGACAAAGAUGGGAAGGUCAUCAGAACGGGAGUCGCUCAGGUUCUAAACCGAUUGACCUACUCCUCCUGUUUGUCCCAUUUGAGGCGGUUGAAUACACCCCUGGGUCGAGAAGGGAAGAUGGCAAAACCAAGGCAGUUGCAUAAUACCCAUUGGGGGAUGAUUUGCCCAUUUGAAACGCCAGAGGGGCAAUCCGUCGGUCUAGUGAAGAACCUCUCCCUUAUGUGUGACAUAAGUGUAGGCACAUCUACGAACAACAUUUUUGAGUUCCUCCUGGAAUGGGGUCUAGAAUCGCUAGAUGAGGUACCCCCCCAGCUAAUGAAGGAAAAGGUGAAGCUAUUUCUAAAUGGAAAAUGGGUUGGAUGCUUCAACCAAAUUGAUAAUCUAAUCGAAACGCUGUACGAAUUGCGGAGGAGGUGCGACAUAUCCCCGGAGGCGUCCAUCGUGAGGGAUGUCAACAGUAAGGAGAUUAAAAUAUUUACCGAUUCGGGUAGAGCGAUGAGGCCCCUAUACGUGGUGAAGAACGUUAAAGGGGAAAACAAACUUAAGCUAACGAAAGAGCAUGUGAAAAAUAUGAUGGCCUAUCCGGAGACCUACAAUUGGGAUUACCUCAUCCAGGAGGGGAUCAUCGAGUAUAUAGAUUGUGAGGAGGAGGAGACCACCAUGAUUAGCAUGUUUAUUGAUGACUUGAAGACGGGCACGGGUUACCAUAAUAAUUACACCCACUGUGAGAUACAUCCCUCUUUGAUUCUAGGCGUCUGCGCAUCUAUCAUCCCGUUUAGCGACCACAAUCAGAGCCCGCGUAAUACCUACCAGAGCGCCAUGGGCAAGCAAGCCAUGGGAAUUUACGUAACCAAUUUUAACAUUCGCUUGGAUACGCUGGCCCACCUGCUGUACUACCCCCAGAGGCCGCUCGUCUGCACCAAGGUGAUGGAGUACCUCCGCUUUAGGGACCUCCCCGCAGGGAUCAACGCCAUCGUGGCCAUUAUGUGCUACACGGGUUAUAACCAGGAGGACAGUCUCAUAAUGAAUCAGUCCUCCAUCGAUAGGGGGCUCUUUAGAAGUGUGUUCUACAGAACCUACACAAGUGAGGAGAAGCAACAAGGCAGUCUCAUCAUCGAAUCGUUUGAAAAGCCCUCAAUUAGAUGCGUAAAAAAUCUAAAGAGGGGAGACUACACAAAAUUGGAUAACGACGGGCUGAUCGCUCCAGGCAUACGGGUUCUAGGUGACGAUAUAAUCAUUGGGAAAGUCUCCCCCAACAUUGAAGACGAAGAUGAUAUUGUGAUUCAGAAGAGGGUACCUAAUGUACAGAUGAGUUACCCCUCUGGUGGGUCUACAUCUAACGGGUUCAUCACAGGAAAGGACUCUCCUACCGGAGGGAGCAUGCUCAAUGGAAGUGCAGGCAGCGUAUGUGGGAGUGGAGGCAGCGUAUGUGGGAGUGUAUCCUCUCCGUAUUCCCCCUCCUCCAUUGGGGGACCCAAUUUGAUCGACUCAGCCCCAGACUCCCCCAUGAGUGACAGAUACAGCAGCAGUGGGCCAGUGGGAACAACGACGAUGGCCCCACCGAGUGUUGCUUCCUCCACCCCGAGCAACACCACCAUUUUUAGGAGCGGCAACACGCUCUCCAGUGUAAGCAGCCCCCACUAUGGGACCACCAUCGUUUCUGGCUCCACGAAGGAUGAGUUAGAAGUUCCCACGCUCACCAUUAGUACCUCCAAUAUAUUGAAGCAGUAUAAGAAGGACUGCUCCCUCAGUUUACGUGAAAAUGAAAACGGAGUGAUCGACACUGUUAUGCUCUCCUCCAACAGCAGAGGCAAUAAGUUUGCCAAGGUGAAGGUCCGCUCAGUGCGUGUUCCCCAAAUAGGAGAUAAAUUCGCCAGUAGGCAUGGCCAGAAGGGGACCAUCGGAAUUACCUACCGUACGGAAGAUAUGCCCUUCAGCUCAGAUGGUACCUUCCCAGAUAUCAUUAUGAACCCCCAUGCAGUUCCAUCCCGUAUGACAAUCGGUCACUUGGUGGAAUGCCUAGCAGGGAAGGUCGCCGCGAUAGAAGGGGGAGAAGGAGAUGCAACUCCCUUUUCUAGAAUAACAGUACAGGAGAUCUCGCAAAGGCUACACAGUUUGGGCUACGAAAAGUAUGGCAAUGAUGUGCUGUACAAUGGGCAUAAUGGGAAGAUGCUCAAAUCGAAGAUUUUUAUUGGACCGACCUACUACCAACGAUUGAAACACAUGGUGGAGGAUAAGAUUCAUGCCAGGAGUAGGGGCCCUCUCACCAUGAUUACGAGGCAGCCCACGGAGGGACGUUCAAGGGAUGGUGGGCUACGUUUCGGGGAGAUGGAAAGAGACUGCAUGAUUUCGCACGGAUCUGCGAAGAUGCUGAAGGAGAGGCUCUUCGAGGAGAGUGACGCCUACCGGGUGCACGUGUGUGAUAACUGCGGGCUGUGCUGCAUCGCGGACAUUAACAAGAACGCCUACGAGUGCACCGUCUGCAACAGCAAGACCAACAUUUCGCAGAUCUACAUCCCCUACGCCUGCAAGCUGCUCUUCCAGGAGCUCAUGACCAUGGCCAUAUACCCGAAGCUCGUGCUGGAGGAUAUGUAG